CAUCUUUGAACUCUCGCCGUGACGUCAUUCAUUUUCGUAAGGAAUCCCCUUUUGAAAAGGGGUUUUCCCAAUAUGGCAGGUGCUAGAUUGACUUCAAUUUACCAAAUUUAGAAAGCUUGAUAUCUCUGAAUGCCAAGUGAUGAAUACUGAAUACCUACUUAGCCUAGUAAUUAAACUGUAGUCAUGGAGGCAGACUUGCACCAAAGACCAUCUCAAACUUUAUCAGAUGACAAAGACACUGAUGUACCUCUUGGUGAAGAGGCAUAUGAAGCAGAGAUGGAAAAUAAUGGUGAUAUUUUAGAACCUCCAAAGGUUCUGGUGGACCCAGGUCCUUUUCUGUACAACAGAAGAGUAUGUGUGGUAGCCUUGCCGGUUUUUCUGCUCAUGUUGGCAAUGGUUGGAGAAACACUCGUGUUGCUGAUAUGUUUUGGUCUAGCCGUAUUGUUAUGUGUAGACAACAAAGGGUUACAUCAAAGGAGUAUGGUUGUAUUUAUGUCCAUUUUUGUUCCAAGUCAUAUUCUCAUCAUUUACUCAUUCUUUCCUUUAAUCUGGGUAUCUGUCCUGAAUCUCAUAUUACUAGUUUUAGUUAAUGCUUUUAUACUGAUGACUGGAGCGUGGAUAAUUCUACAGUUCAAAGUGUUCAGGAUGAAUGAAUAUGAUGUUUGUGUGUUUUUUGAGGAGACACUUUUUGCUGUAUAUCCUGCCAUAUCCGCAGGACUGUUAUGCUGGGCUGCAUCGACAGUGGUACCAAUACAACAUAUUCCAUUCCUCUUAGCUUUUAUAGGGUUUGUAUUCCUGCAGCUGUUUAUGGCUCCUACUACAUCAUCAUUUAGAAAACCUAAGUCAGAGGAGGACAGUUGUAACAUCCUGAAGGUCGCCAGUCUGACGGCUAUCUCUGUGAUAUAUUGUACUUUACCAACCAUCCUACAGAUAGUUAUACAUGUUGUCCAUCGUAGUCAGAUGUUUCAUAUUUCAUUUGUUACUGAAGUCAUUUUCCUAUCCAUGACACAGAUAUUUUUAUUAACUUUGAUGAGCAUCAGACCAUUAGUGGAAGCUUUAGGUCAUGAUCAUAGUUUAGUAGUAAAGUUAAGAUGGUUGAGUGGAGCUUCAGCUACCAUUUUAUGUUAUCCAGUCCUGAUGCAUCUUGGGAUAUCCUCUCACUUUUUACCAUGGUUACCAGCAGCCAUUGGUACAUACUCAGUUUUUGGUGCAGUUCUAAGUUACAAGAAAACUAAGAGAAUAUCAGAUGGAGUGUUAGCAGUAGCCAUUAUCUUUUCUGUUCUAUGGGGAUCAUUGUUACCAUGGAAACUUGCAUUUAAAUUAAUAUUUGGAUUGCCAUUGCCUGCUGUUUAUGUGAUGAUGUUAACCAAUGCUGUAUUGUGCCUUCUGAUUGGUUAUGUUGGUAGUCAUGGGAGACAAGAAAUGUUCAGUAUACUUGUAUGUAUACAGACUGUUGUGUUUGUUUGCUGUGAGACUGUGCUGUAUGAUGCAGGACUAUACAGAUGGCAGCUGUUUAUAAUCACCUGUGUAAUAGCUGCAUAUACAUUUCAGAGAUUACAUUUAUCUAAGAAAUUACCAUUACGUUUAAGUUGUUUCUGCAUGUCUCUAUACCUGUCUAAAGCGACCAUUGUCUUGAUAGAGCACUUUGUAUUCCAUCCUAACAAAGUACCAGUCUACAGCUAUGUCACCAUCCUGUUUCUGGUGUUUAUGAUCAUUAGAAUAUUUGUCACAGAAUUCGAUACAAAUGCUCAUUCAUUUACUGGACAUCUAGGAUUAUUAUGUGUAUCAGUUAUAGUGAAUGCCAACCCACUGAUAUAUGUUUUGUCAUCUUAUAUAUUUAUGACUGAAUCUGCUGCUAGUGAUAUUGCAGGACUAUGUAGUAUGGUGUGUGGUGUACUUAUAAUUAUAGCCCAGUCGAUACAUGUUCCAGAGGACCUCAGAGUCAGAUACACAGGGGUUUUGGGUAUAUUUCUUGGUCUAGUGUUUAUAGUUUUUAGACCUGACUUGACACCAACUCUUUACAGUGUUUUCCAAUGGAUAGAGGUAUUUAGUGUUAUUAGUUUUGUAAUUGUCAUGGUAACAGACUCAGUGACACAAUUUCUACAGAUCAUGUUGUGUUCAGCAGUACUUGGUCUGUGUCCUGGACUCAGAGCAGCUAUUAUGCUGUAUCCAGAAGACAAUAUACCUGUAUCAGGUGUGCUCUUGUUUAUGUUGUCAUCCUGUAUAAUAACCUGUAUCAUCCUCUGUUUCAUCAAAGCCCAGCACCUAAAACAUACAUUUGAAAAGAGAUUUAUAAAGAUGUCCACCAUGUUGGCUGUGGUUUCCAUGGUAGCAGUGAUCUCAGAUAUAGCAACAAGAGAAAAUCAUCAAAUGUUUCUAACAUUACCAUCAUUAAAAUUAAUUUUAUGUGCAAAUCUUGUUAUCAGCAUAUGUCUAAAGUUACUUGCACUCAGACAGAUUGGUGAACUCUUACCACUAACAGAACCAAAAGAUGAUAAAGAGGUUCCUUACUUACCAACAAUAGGAAACAUAGCUACAUUUAUAUCAUUUGUAAUGAUUUGUCUGAUGGCACCAACAUCCAGCUUUUUCCAUGAUGUUUGGUGUUGUGGAGCAAGUCUUGUGUUAGUUUGUUUACAAAAAGACAUGAGAAUCUUUAGUAGUUUACGAGAAGACAACCAAACCACUGCAACAAAAAUAACCUCUUUAGUAAUUCUAGUGACCGCAACAUUAUAUCGUAGUGACAUUUGGAAUUAUAAUUCGUCAUGGAUGUUUGCUCGUGGAGUUACAGAAAUAAUUCUUGUUUUAUUCUCAAUACCAAACUGUUAUAUUUUAUGGGGUUUACUUUAUGACAAUGUUUUAGUUUUAAAUGAACAGGUUGUAAUAUUUACGUUGCCUUUGAACUUUCCGUUGAUUUUGUAUGCUAGUAGUUAUACAGGGUGGGCAUUAGCAGUAGCUGGCAUUGUGUCGUCCAUAUGGAUGAUGUUUGCAAAGUUUGCUCUACAACCAUAUCAUGAUGAUUAUUGAGUUGACCUGAUUGGGUGAAACUUUUGUUAUAUUUUCGAACAAAUUUAAAGCUGGCGGAAUUUCAUGAUAUACCGGUAAAUGAUAUUUAUCUGUAAUACUGUGGAUUUAUUAUUAUUUGUGGGACACCAAUCUUCAUGGAUUUUGUGAUCACAUUUGAACAAUGAAUUAAAAUUUUCCAGCUUUUUCUAUAAGGUUGUAUGCA